AUGGUGGUGCCGUACUAUAAUGGCCUCAUCGACAUCAUGGAGGCCCGACUGGCAAAGGGGCCCUCUGCGCUGCUGAAGCCGAUGGUCGAGAAGGCGCUGAAAAUCCUGAAGAAGUAUGAGUACAUCAGCAGCAACGAGGGAUGGACCGCUACCUUCCUGGAUCCUUCCAUGAAGGCAGCGUGGUACUUGUCGGAGCGGUUGCGGUAUGACGUCUCUGCGCUAUACUACUGGCGCACUUCCACGAACAUGGAGACACUGAAGCGGAUGGCGAGGGACUAUAUCGCCAUCCCUGCCACGUCUGCUGCGAGCGAGCGGGUGUUCUCAUUGGGCCGCAACCUCAUUUCGUGGAAGCGUCACCGCGUCAACUCUGAGAGGUCGCGUGCCUGCAUGAUUCUCCGCUCCUGGUAUGGAUCGCACCCUGGCCAGAGGAUCGGCGAGGGCUGCCGCCCGAAGGGGGUCGCCGCACUGGAGAUUGCUAUUGAGGGCGAGGGUGCGGAGGAGGAGGAGGAGGAGGAGGAGGAGGAGGAGGAGGAGGAGGAGGAGGAGGAGGAGGAGGAGGAGGAGGAUGAGGAGGAGGAGGAGGAGGAGGAGGAGGAGGAGGAGGAGGAGGAGGAGAAGGAGGGGGAUGAGGGGGAUGAGGUGGAGAAGGCGGACGCAGUCGAGGUGGACGAGGAGGCCGGGGAGGGGAGAGGGGUGGAUGCCGCAGAUUUUGGUGGAGGCGAGGGUGGUGUUGGUAGCGUGGGUGGGACAGGGGUGUAG